AUGAAGUUCCCUUCAAUUUCUAGGCUUGGGGCCUUUGGCCUGCUUGCAACCACCCUUGGGGGCCUCGUCGAUCUAUCAACUUGCCAAAAGACGAGCGAUCCAAUUCAGGACAAUGGGCUCACUGAUCUUGUCCAAUGGGAUACCCACAGCUAUUUCAUUAACGGAGAAAGACUCUUUAUCUUCUCGGGCGAGUUCCAUUAUUGGCGUCUGCCAGUCCCCGAGCUAUGGAGGGAUCUCUUGGAGAAGAUGAAAGCCGCUGGUUUCAACGCCUUUUCCAUCUACAACAGUUGGGGCUACCACGAGCCUAUUCCCGGUCAUCUCGACUUUGAGAGUGGUGCCCACAACUUCACUUCCAUCAUGACGCUUGCCAAGGAGAUUGGCCUUUACCUGCUUAUCCGUCCUGGACCUUACGUCAAUGCCGAAGCAAACGCUGGUGGAUUCCCCGUGUGGGUCACUACAGGAGAGUAUGGAGGUCUACGCGACGAUGAUCCCAGGUUCACGGCAGCUUGGAAGGACUACUGGACCGAGAUUUCCAAGAUCAUCAAGCCUCAUCUUAUCACAAACGGUGGAAACGUGGCUAUGUUCCAGAUCGAAAAUGAAUUGGGAUGGCAGUGGGACAACCAAGACAAGAGAAUCGUCCAUAAGCCUGUCGCCAACUAUAUGCAGCUGCUGCAAGACACCGCCAGAGAUGCUGGAAUCGACGUGCCAUUAUUCCACAACGCUCCAAACACUCGAACAUUUGCGUGGUCUAACGACUUUGAGCCCAAUGCACUGGGCAACGUCGACGUUGUAGGCGUCGACAGCUAUCCUUCUUGUUGGAGCUGCAACUUGAGCGAGUGUACUGGCACCAAUGGCCAAUACAUUCCUUAUAAAACUCAAGACUACGUCUCGUACUUCAAUGUCCAAUCUCCAUCGCAGCCCAACUUCCUCCCUGAGUUCCAAGGUGGCUCUUACAACCCAUGGGGUGGACCUGAAGGAGGCUGUCCCAGUGAUAUUGGUCCUGACUUUGCCAACCUCUUCUACCGUGAUCUUGUGGCUCAACAGGCUACUGCGAUCUCUCUUUACAUGAUGUACGGUGGCACCAACUGGGGUUGGUUCGCUUGUCCUGUGGUUGCUUCGAGCUAUGACUAUUCUUCGCCCAUCUCGGAGAACCGCUUCAUCUGGGACAAGUUCUACGAGACCAAGCUGCUCACUCUGUUCACCCGAGCCGCGCACGACUUGACCAAGACCGAGCGAGUGGAAAACAGCACAUCAGCUUCUACCAACAAAGAGAUUCUCGUCUCUGAGUUGAGAAAUGUCGACAAUGAUGCCGCGUUCUACGUGACCCGACACAGCUACUCUCCAUCCGGUACCAAGGAGCAAUUCAAGGUCAAGGUCAAGACCUCUGAGGGAGAAUUUUUGAUUCCUCAGUACGCUGACCAAAUCACCAUUAACGGCCAUCAGUCCAAGAUCCUUGUCACCGAUUUCAACUUCGGCAACAAGAAACUUCUUUACUCAACUGCCGAGGUUUUGACAUACUCAGCAUUCGAUAAGAAGGAAGUCCUCGUUCUCUGGCUACCCGAGGGCGAGACUGGCGAAUUUACUCUGCAGGAGCACACCAAGGUCAAGUCCACCAGCAAAGCUCUGAAGGAUCUCCAGGUCAAGGUGGGCAAGGAAAAUGUCACUGUGACAUACACUCAAGAGAAGGGACUUUUUACUCUCGGUUUGGAAGAUGGGUCAACUAUUGUCCUUGUUGACCGCGAAACGGCAUACCACUUCUGGGCUCCUGCUCUGGAUAACCAUCCACUUGUGGAUGCGAACAAUACCGUUUUGGUUCAAGGCCCUUACCUUGUCCGCUCGGCCUCUCUCGACGAGAAGAAGCGUAAGCUCAGCAUUUACGGUGACCUGGACCAGGAAACACAGGUGACUGUCUUCGCACCUGAGUCCCUGAAGACAAUUGCCUGGAACGACAAGAGGGUCAAGAUCACAUCUCAGAAGGGAAACCUCUACACUAUCAAGCUUGACAAGCCUUCCAAGUUCAAGCUCCCUAGCCUGGAACGAUGGAAGUACGCAGAUAGCUUGCCUGAGAUCAAGGCCGAUUACAAGACUUCUUCUACAGCCUGGACUGUCGCAAACCGGACCAAUACUACCAACAAUGUGGUCCCUGAUCUCAACAACCCCGUCCUGUACGUCGAUGAGUACGAUAUUCACUACGGCAACCACAUCUACCGAGCCACGUUCCCUACAACUGACUCGCCACCUACUGGCGUUUACCUGAACCUGACCGGCGGUCUCGCUUUUGGUUAUUCAGUUUGGCUGAACUCGGACUACAUUGGCUCUUGGCUCGGACGAUCUUGGCUCGGCGCCCAGGGACAGGAAUUCUCAUUCAAGAAUGCCACACUCGCCAAGAAGGAGAACGUCUUGGUCGUUUUGAUGGACAAUUCAGGCCAUGACCUUCGUGAAGCUGCGCUGGCUCCUCGAGGUAUCACCAACGCAACACUGCUUGGCCCAAGCAAGGAGCGCUACGAGUUCUCUGAGUGGAAGAUUGCAGGCACUGCAGGAAGUGGUGAGCCUUCUCUUGACCUAAUCCGAGGUCCACUCAACGAAGGUGGACUGUACGCCGAGCGUGUUGGUAUGCAUCUUCCUGGCUUCCCGGACGACAAGUGGACUUCUUACUCCAAGAAGAAGACUUUGGAGAACCCUUCUUCGGGUGUUCGGGUGUACCGAACAACUGCAGACUUGGAUGUCCCCAAGGGUCUUGAUGUCUCCAUCUCCUUCAAGCUGACCGCCCCCUCCGACUCGACAUUCUCGCCUACCAAGUCUGGAUACAGCAACCAAGUGAGAGCCCUACUGUUUGUCAACGGAUACCAGUACGGCAGAUUCAACCCUUACAUUGGUCAUCAGACCUCUUUCCCUGUUCCUCCCGGUGUGCUCAACUACAAUGGAGAGAACACCAUUGCAGUGACGGUUUGGAGCCAAAGUGCUCAAGGAGGAGAGAUCAAGGUUGAGUGGGAGCUUGACUACGUUCACUCUUCUAGCUUUGAUGUGAGGUUCGACAGCGAGUACCUCCGCCCGGGUUGGACAAAGGAUAGACUGGAGUAUGCGUGA